AAGACACAAUAAGAUGUUUGUGCAUCUCAGAGAGCCGUCCCUGUCAUGACCCUGAACCAUGAGCUCCCAGCAGCAACAGUCCACCAGUGCCAACACGCUCACCACAUCAACCCACCGCAGCACCCUUGCACAGAUUCAGGGGACUACAUAUGGCCAGAGCUUCAGUGGUAGUGAGACUGAUGUGAGCACCUCAACGGAGAACCUAAGUCCUGAGGAGAGAUACGCCUUGGAGCACACGCAGCGACAGGAGCCCCAGGGCCAAGAGAAUGUUGGCAACACUGUCAACAGCAUGGCCAACUCGCAGAUCUGCCGUGUGAACACUCCAGUGACUAGUGUAACAACAGUAGCUCCUGCCACUAGAUCCAAUGAAUCCAAUGCAUCCAUUUGUAGUAGCACAAAUACAUUGAUCAUUCAUAACAAUGUGUCAGAUGACCCUUGGCAGCACAGGUGGCUGCCAGGUGGAUACUCCACUCCCAUGGCAGGAAGAAAAUCAGUACCCUCUAAUCUCCAUGACAGUCAAGAAGGGGCUGCCACUUACAACAGCCAAGUGCAUAAACUGAAUAUGGAAUCUCUGAAUCUUAACUCAUCUCUACUUAACUCAUCUGUACUCAACUCAUCUGCCAUCAACUCAAGUCUCAUCUCCUCAUCUUUGUUAAAUUCCUCGGUGCUUGACUCAUCUGGUCUCACUCAGAAAACAGCUGUACCUUCUUACCUUAGUCAGAACAACAUCCUUGGCUCUUCCAAGCUGUCCCACACUGCUGCCACAGACCUACCAGACAUCCCCUCGUCAUACUUGGAUCAGUCUGAGGUUCUGAAGCACCUCCUGGGUCGAGAGGGAAAGGGUGGCCACAGUGACCAGAGUGCCUCUAGCUCCAACAGUGGCAUCAACCUCCUCACAGAGAAUGCAGGGCCCUUUGGGCGGGACCUCUCCCAGAUGCCCCUGCAAUACAACCCGGUGGAUGCUGGUCCCAACUAUGAUGUGGUUAACCUGCCACCUCCCCCAGCCUAUCCAAUCUGGCGGCUCCAGGAGUCAGAGAAGCAGGAGCAGCAGAUAGAACUGGCUAAGCAUGGCAUUGAGAAGUCUAACCUGUCAAAAUCUCAGCCUGAUCUGACCAAGUUGGGCAAUGCUAAGGAAGCCACAAGUCCUAAGGAAUUGCUCAGUCAGAGGAUUGUUUCUGGGCAGACAGAUCAUGCAGAUGGACAUCUACAGGAAAUGGCUGACAUUCUAGCUCAGGAAAAUAAAGCCCUAAAGAUGGAGAUUGAUAUGUACCACAGGAAGGUGGCCAAACUACAGAGGUUUGAAAUAGAAAUCAUCAAGGUACAUGAAGCACACGAAGGACUAGUGAAACUCUCCGAGCGGCGAGAACAGCUAGAGAGGCUUGCAAGGCAUAAAUUGCAGGCUGAGGUGAAGAGACUGACUGAUCUUAAUGCCGACCUAAAGGACCAAGUAGAUGUACUUUCCACGCAAAUUGCCAACCGCGCCAUACCAACUGACAACACUGAUGCCCUCCGCAAAGAGCUCAAUAAGCGGGAUGUGUUUAUUGCUCAGUUGGUGUCUCAAAAUAAGGAGCUUAUAGCAGCUAAAGAAAGACAGGAAAUUGAACUAACAGCCCAAAGACAGACUUUGAACGAACAGCGAACGCACAUUGACAUUUUAGACUCUGCUCUGACAAAUGCCCAAGCUAAUGUGGUUAAGCUCGAAGAAGAGUUACGGAAGAAACAGAAUUUGGUGGAGCAGGCAGGACAGUUGAAACGUCUCUUAGUUUCCCUACAACUGGCAGCUGACCGAAGAGAGCAAUCAGAAAAGAACCUGCGCCAGAGAUUGGAAAAGGAAAUUGAACAAUUGCGGCUCGGUGUGAGACAGGAGGAGCCAGCAAGCAAACUGAGUGACCUUCGGCGAGAGCUGCGUGAGAAGGAGGAGAAGAUUAUGGUGCUGGAGGGAGAGGUGACCAAAUGGGAACAGCGCUACCUCCAGGAAUCUGCCAUGAGACAACUAGCUAUUGAUGCGGUGUCCCUGCCCAAGUGCGUCUCCUCCUCACCCACCGGAAUCCCCCAGAAUGCGAACCGGGAGCUGGAGAGCCAUGUGGCUGAGAGAGAUGCUAUGAUACGCGUGCUACAGAAAAGGGCCGAGGAGAAGGAGGCCAUGUACCAGAAAGCACUCAUGCGGAAUUCUCUGGUGGCAGGGAAAGGUUUGGAAGGCAGAAGCAACAGCAACAACAACAGUGUAGUUCACAGUACCCAAGCUUCCACCGUGCAUUCUCACACAAGCAGUGGACUGGGAGGGGCAGCUGGGGGCUCUAGCACCCCUGGAACGCCAAGACGAGAUGAAGAGCUUGCAGCAGCAGUGCAGGAGAACCAAGCUGCAGGAGGGCGGGGCAGAAUUAGGGAACAAAUUGGUGACAGGUUGAGAGCAGAUAGCUGUGGACGUGCCAGGCGGUCACCUGUGCCUGUGCGUGACUUGGAUUCCCACUCACGCAGCUCUGAUGACCUGUUAGUUGACAAUGAGGAUGCGAAGCAAGGGAAACUGCGUGUGGUGUGUUUUCCAGGAUUGGCUCAUCCUGGCGUUGCAGCUGGAGAAGGCCCGGUAUCCCAAUCACUACUGGAGUGUGUAGAUCCCAGCCCAGCCCUGGUCCCUCACACCCAUCGCCCUGCCAGUGACAUGUCUCUCAUGGGUUGGGCAUGGACUCCUCUGUGUCAUGCGGCCAUGUGUGACGUGCCUGUCCUAUCCUGCCCUUAUGAUCCUUACCUCGUAUCCAAUGGAAGGGCAGCCGCAGCAACAAGCACAACUUGGGCAGGAGUCCAGUUUGCAGACAGUCCCAGUCUUACCACAGCCCGCCUUGCUAUCAUGGUCAUGAAAGUUCUUAGCCAGCAAUUGCGGGGACCUCAAAUGCAAUCUCCAGCUUUGGCACCAGAGCAAGGCACUGCUGCUACUGCCAUGCCUGGAAGUCCACCCAUGACUCCCAACAGGCGUAUAGGUCCCAACAUGUCUCCCAGUACACCAAACCUUGCCACUGAAAUGCCAGUUCCUCGUCCCGCCAUGUGUCGUAAUCCUCAUCACCCAACUGUUGCAUGCAGGAAAUGUAACAGCGUCCGCAGCAGUAAUAGACAGAAUGCUGCCAUCCUUGUCCGUCGAGCCAACUCAAGUGCCGGUCAAACCAACAGGAAUUCAGCCCCAUUGCCUGCAUGUCAGUCUGUUGUCGAUACAGAUGAUGCUCCAAGUAUAUUAGCACGGUUGCGACGUGAGUGGGAACUUGAGAACAAUCAGGUGAGUGGCAGUAGUUCACAAAUGCAAAAUAUAUCUCCCCCAGUGUCAGAACAGAGGCAGCCAUGCCAGACUGGUAAUUCUGUGGAGAAUAGCCAACAAAGCCAGUCAACUGCUCGAACAUCACAGGAGACCAAAGAAGCUAUAAAGAUCCAACAACAGAACCAAAAGCAACCAUCACCAUCAAAGAUACAGUCAGCACAAGAAUUUGGAGAUAACCCCCAAUGCCAAAAAGGUCCAGCAACAAAGAAUACAGCUAAGAAUUACCAGCAGCACAGCCAGCUUUCACCCCAGGCACAUACAUCCAGAGAAAAGGCUUUUGAUCAGCAGCAGCAAGCAUAUGCUUCUGUGCAUAACACUAGACCUCCAGACCAACCAUCUGUAUCAUCAUCAGCUGUUUCUGUGUCUUCAGCAAGCACACCACAUUCUAGUCCUGUUCCUAAUCAAAUGCCAGCUAAACUUCAAUCUCCUGGUCCCACUAUUUGUUCUCGAUCCCAGAAUGUGCCUGAAAAUUCAAACUCAAACAAAAUGAUUGUAUCUGCUAAUAAUGUCACACUAUCUGAAAUUAAGAAUAGCAUCACUUAUUCUGUGAAUAAUAAGACAACAAAUCACAAUCAAAUUAAUAAGAAUAAGGAUAUUAAUAAUGCGAAUAAUAACCAAGAGGAAAAAAUUGAAUUGAUCAUCUUAGAAGAUACAGAUCACCUGAAAGUACCACCCAAUAACGGAAACCUAACAGAAUCAAUACAGGAUAUCAUAUGA